AUGAUACUAGUAAUAUUUGCGUAUGUCUUAUAUAUAGCAGCUAAUAUUCGUCCACUUCCUGAAUUUAUGUAUAUUAGUGCAGCCUUAGUAGGACUUGCUGCUGCUCCUCUAUGGACGGCUCAAGCAUUGUAUAUCAAUCGAAUUGGUCGUUAUCACGCACAACAUAAAUGUCAAACGGCUGAAGUAUCUGUUGGUCUAUUUUU